AAGUUAAAAUCCGCUACGUUAGCAGGGAAUGGGCGGAUGAGUUGUGGACAGAAGGAAGAAAGUAACGCUGUGAACCUUUGAACCGUUUUCCUUAGUUUCUCUGAGUCACGAGACUUUCCGAACAUCGCACAGACAACGAUGAAAUAACGCCAGAGUGAAAUAAAGCGCAGCGGAAUGCGAGACUGUGGAAAGACUUACUCUUGUUGGUGAAUAGAAGACAGAAGAGCUGAAAGAAAGAGCAGGAAAAGGAGAAAAAAAGGCUGUAACCUUCCGCGGAUGCUGUGUGGCCCAGAGAUAUUUGAAGCUUCUUUUGUUGAAUUCCUGAGUAACACAAGCCCAGAUCUGAACAGUCUAACAGAAAAAAUAUCUCUUAGAAAUGACAUCAGUGCAUUUUAACCCUGGGUUGGAUUCCAAAGACGUUAAUGGAAACGGUACAAUGGAAGAAGCUCAAGUGCAGAUUGAUGAUGGCAAAGAGGGAAAUGAGGAACCAGACACAUUUUAUUAUCGCACCAGGAAAAGAAUUGCUCCUUUUGUGAUGUCAUUUGGCUUUCGGGUCUUUGGAGUAGUGCUCAUCAUACUGGACAUUGCUUUGGUGAUUGUUGACCUCUCCCUGCAAGACCAAACUGAAGUGAGAACCCCUCUGGAGGCCAUCUCACUGGUCAUCUCCUUCUUCUUCAUCAUUGAUGUGCUGCUGAGGGUCUAUGUAGAAGGAUUCAAGGUGUACUUCAGCUCCAAGUUGAACAUCAUGGAUGCCUGCAUUGUUGUCAUCACUCUGAUUGUGACCAUGAUCUAUACGUUCUCAAACUUCUCAGGAACCAAACUUAUUCCCAGGGUGGUGAGCUUCCUGAGGGCUUUGAGGAUAGUUAUUCUGGUGCGUUUCUUCCGUCUGGCCUCUCAGAAGAAAGAGCUGGAGAAAGUCACUAGAAGAAUGGUGUCCGAGAACAAAAGACGGUACCAAAAGGAUGGAUUUGAUUUGGAUCUUACUUAUGUCACAGACAGAGUUAUUGCCAUGUCUUUUCCCUCAUCUGGAAAGCAGGCACUCUACAGGAAUCCCAUAAAAGAAGUUGCCAGAUUUCUGGACACAAAGCAUCCAGAUCAUUACAGAGUUUACAAUCUCUGCAGUGAAAAAGGCUACGAUCCACUGUUGUUCCAUUACAGAGUGCAGCGAGUGAUGAUUGACGACCAUAACGUGCCGUCAUUAGAUGACAUGUUGAACUACACUGCCAGUGUGAGGGAAUGGAUGGCUGCAGAUCAGAGCAACGUCAUUGCCAUCCACUGCAAAGGAGGCAAAGGGCGCACGGGUACGAUGGUGUGUACAUGGUUGAUUGACAGCGAUCAGUUUGAGAGUGCGCAGGACAGCCUGGAUUACUUUGGGGAGAGACGCACAGAUAAAAGCAUGAGCUCAAAGUUUCAGGGUGUCGAAACUCCAUCUCAGAGCAGGUACGUUGGGUACUAUGAGAUCAUGAAGAACAAGUAUAACCGGCAGCUGCCUCCUCCACAGAGCCUGAAAAUUAAGAGCAUGCGCAUUCACUCAAUCGCAGGUGUGGGAAAGGGCAAUGGCAGUGAUCUGAAGGUGCGGAUCAUAGUGAAAAGAGAGCAGGUGUUCCAGUGUGUCUGUGCCACACAGACAAACUGUAGGCUGUUCCCAGAUACUGAAAACAAUGCUGUGGUGAUCAGCUUACAGGAAGGGCCAGUGGUUUGUGGUGAUGUUAAGGUCAUGUUUGAAUCCAGUGCUGGUCUUCCAAAGGGGUAUGAGGACUGCCCUUUCUAUUUCUGGUUCAACACUUCAUUUGUAGAGAACAACAGGCUCUAUCUGUCAAGGGAGGAACUGGACAACCCACAUAAGUCCAAAACCUGGGACAUCUACAAGGAGGACUUUGGUGUGACCGUGUCUUUCAGUGACCCUGCACUUAUGUAGCAGACAACACUUGCUUGUGUCUAAAUCUUUGCUCUAAUGUAGGUUUUUACACACUUAUAAAAGGUGUUUGAUGUUUAGGGAUUGGCUUCGGGCAUAUUGUGCCCCUAAAGCUAUAGCUAUAUAACCUCAGUUUUAUGUCCAUCCCCCAUCUUCACUGCAAGAGCUUUUUACUGAGCCGUGCAUACACUACAAUAUUAUGCAUUUGUUUGUCAUAGGUUUUUUUCUUGAAAUGAAGACAUGUUUGUGUCAGUUUAGCAUAUUAUGCCUCCAAAAUGUAAAUCUUGCUCUUUAAGCUUGAGUGUACAUCAAAUAAAGCAAUCAAGGCUGUCCCCACUACCACUGUGAAAUGAUCUAUGGUUAUGUGUGCAGAAACGUAUUUUUGUAGUACACAUGUAUUGAAAUAAAUACUCAUGUCUCUGUAA